AUGGGACUCGAUCACCCGUCCACUGGUGCACACGAUUCUGAGUGCACAGAACGGAAAACGACAACUCCGGCGUUCGCCUCUCUUCCUUCAAGCGAGUCAAGCUCACCUACGGCUGCCGCUCCACUGCUUGACGUUGUAAAUUCCUCUGUCGCUUCUGUUUGCUCUGAUUGCACCGACCACGACCAGAUUGUAUUUCUCAUUCGAAUUAUCAAGAAACGAUUUGAGCGUCUUCGUAUAGCGCACUGUGGAAAAGAUUGCUUUGAAACUUUCGUUUCUUUAUUUAAGUGCGUUUUGAACUCUACAAAACAGGAUCUCCUCCCAUAUGUAGAGAAUGAUUUUGGAGAGGUAUUUUCGAUCGCCAUUACGAUACAUCCUUCUGCCGCACUACUGGACUGUCUCGUUCGAUUCCUUCAUAGAUGCUCUCAGCGGUACAACUCAUUCAGUAUCAUACACUCGGUUUUGUCAUCAGAUAUCUUCAACCGGCACCAACAAAUGAAGUUUGUUCUCGAUUUGUCUGAGUGGCACUUUUUUGAUCGAGAUGUGUUGCCCAAUCUGGGGACUUUCCUUACCAACUUGAGCGACCACAACUUGGAUGCUGAAUAUGUUAAGUAUCCGGGGUCGGAUGAGCUGAUUACUUUCCUUCUUCGUCUCUGCCUAGCGAGGUUGCCACCUAUUCCCGAGCCGUGUGGCCUUUUAUUGGCUACUGACCAGGAUCAAUAUUUUAUACCCCACAACACUCGCCCUGUCGUCAAUUUCUACCCCUCUGCUUCCGCAGGAAAUGAGUGUCACCCCCUUGUCGAUUACAUCAUUGCUUUGGCUGAAAGUCUCUCGUCCACACACCACCGCAACACUGCUUUUACAUCUGUUCCUAAACUUGGAUGGAAUAUUGUGCGCUGUCUUUUGUACAUUCGGCCACUCCCUUUCGAACGAGUUCACACCGUGCUUCUACAUGGUAUGGAGGCUGUUUUACAAGGAAUUGAUUUACAACCGUCAACUUCUAAAUUGACCGACUCCCAAACCGGACGCUGGUUAGAACUCUUGGUGCUGGUAGAAACCGCAUGUGAGCUGCUGCUAAGCGCAAAGGACCCCUGCACUCAACUUACUGUUUGGGAACAGUUUCCAAUCACCGAAAUGUUGCAGUUUGCCAGCGUUAAUCACCACCGCGACCCGCUCCUAUGCUGCGUUGUCUUGCGUCUCUUGGACACACUUUUAUGCACCCGGGCCCUGCGCUCUCCCAUUGGAUUCGAGGAUUGUUUUGUAUCAUCAGCUCACAAGUUACUGCUACCUUGUCUACUGUCAAGCAGCCAUCAAAUCCGGCUUCACACGCUUCGCAUCCUCGCGGUGAUUCACGGUGUUUUAGCGAAUACGAACUCACAUUCAGAUUUUGGCAUCGAAUUAACAUGUGCAGGUCCAACCGUGCCCAUGCAACCUGUAUUUUCUGUGCUCAGCCGUUGUUUAUGCGCUGAACGACUGCGACUGGACGCACAAACCUCCCGUGAACUUCUGAUCCAAGUAUUGCACUUACAUGCUGAGAGACCUAGCGUGAGACACCAGCUUUUAUCCGCUGAAAUUGCACUUCACCACCUGCUAGGCCUUCUUCACAUCAGCCUAUCCUCCGCAUGGCCUGCUAUUCAAGAAGCCAUAGCCAGCUACGCCGAAGUGCCUCCAAUAUCCUCAGAGCCAGGUUCAAGUACGGCAACUCAUGAGAAGAGUAUUACCUCUCCGCUUCAGCCCAGCGGCCGUGUAGAAGAAUGGCGCCACAUCGCCUCUCGCCUAUACUGGACUGUGAUGGAGCCUGUUAUGUUGCGUGUUAGCCAAAAUGCCUUGCAACCGCCCAAGCACGAAGAUGAUGUCACCCUUGUUCCAGAAACCGAGGGCAACACGCUUACUUGGGUGGAUCUCCAAUAUCGGCUACUAUUUCUCUACUGCUUGCAACCCAAUCGCGAUCAUCUUCCAUUUCAAUGCGACAUGUCUUUUUUGACUCGGCCACCGAAUUGGACUUCAUACUAUUGCUCAUUAUGGCGAUGUCUUCGACCCAGAAGUGCCGGAAAGAGGACACGUUUUUUGAUCCCGCUGUUUCUGCAACUCUUCGAGUUUUACUCUCAACGUCCUCUUAGCCGAUCCGUGAGGGAGCUCUAUCUGGUUACCUUGGAACUAUUCUCUAAACUUCCUAAUAUCAAGUCGAUUCAUCUGGAAACACAAUUUCGAGCAACCCUUUAUGAAAUGCUGACUAACAAACGGCCAGACAUCCAAAAAGCUGCGUUUCAAUGUCUUCUGGCAUACAAAAACACUGCGCUGAACACCUACAAGGAAAACUUUGAGAGAAUUAUCGAUCCCCGUAGCUUUCGGGACGAAAUUAGAACCUUCAAGCUGGAUGUGACUGUUCGCGAUCCAUCUCAACGCCUUCAUGUGGCACCCAUCUAUCUACGCCUACUCUAUGGACGUCUGCAGGCCUCUAAGUCGACCUUGGCUCCAGCAAUCCUCACUAACCUCGCCUCUUGUUCCUCGACAGAGUUCAGUGGGUUUCUUCAUCUUCUGCUUCAGCCAUUGCUCCGAGAGUGCGUCAUACCCCCGGAUGCUUCGCUGCCACACUCCUCAUCUGCGUGCUUACGGCUUGACUCUUUGGAGCUGGUUGAUUUUAUUCAAAGCCUACGUGACCGCGUGCGACUUGCAUGCACAGGCCAAGACUCUCUCUCUUGGGCGAGGCUACAGGCCAUAUCAACUGUGUUGAAUCAUGUGUUGGAUUAUAUGGGUCAUCGUCUGGGUCGCUUGAGCUUUCCAGACUCUUCAGAGGACUCUGGCACUGUGUAUGCUGACAUUCUUCUUCGGUUGGGACUUUGUUUGACUGCUGUAGCUCAAACAAUUCGCGAAGUAAAACUCUCACUAACUUCAGGUGAUGAAGAAGCUUUCAGACUCAACUUACCUGUCGCAGCCCAAAUAAAGCGGAUACGUUCCACUGGAGUUCGCCUUCUCGAGCACCUGUUCACCUCUAGCUCGCUCCAUGCCAGUGGGUUUUGGUCACAGCCUAACCUACUGGAAGCCAUCAGACACGUUUGCUUCCACCCCUCCUCGCUGUCAACUUUGGUGUCAAACUCUACGCUGUCCAGUAAUCAUCUGCUUUUGUCCUUGGCGUUGCCCUGGUCAACUUCAAGUCAUCUGGCGUUAAAUUUGCUCAACGGCUCAUCUCUGGAGGCACUGUUAAACUUACUCAGUUCUCCAAAAAUAAACAGCAUUUUGGCGGAACGUUUGCUAGAGAUCGUGGAUAAUUUGCUGUUUUUACCCGAGGUGCAGCAAGUUGGCCGGCAGAUCCUUCAGGUUCACCAUUCUCAGCUUGUCCGGUACCUACAUGUUAGACUGGAAAAUUUGUCUCACAGUAAAACGUUACCGUUGUUCCGGAGCAAACACAACAGUGUUCGUCUCCAGCGUGAAUUUCGUUUGCUCGGUUACAUAGCCACGUUGUCCGAGGAUGACACAGCCGCUUCUCCACGAACCGUCACUUCUUCUGAGGCUGAUCAUCUCAUCCGCGGCCUACUAACUCUUCUCACCAGAGUUCAACUGCGAUUUGCCAAAGCCAGCCACAGUCCUUCCGCUCCCGUGAUAAACUCUGACUCCGCCGCAGCUGCGCGCGAAUCUCAGUUGGCCACGGCGGAUGCCGUAGAGGCUGAGUUGGUCCGAGCACUAAUUCAACUCGUCCAACUGGCAGAUAAUUUCGAAGAACACUUGGCCCGGAUCCUAAAUCUAUUCUCCCGUCUCGAUUCGCGCAUUUGUCGUGGCCUGUUGUGUCAGGCCGUGGGAGCCAUAGUUCAACGCCUUCCCAGCUUGCCUCUCGCUGAACUUCAGGAGCUUUCGGACACGACCAUCGCACCACAUUCUUUACGAAGAUUACCGGAUUAUUUGAGCAAGUUUAAGGAUGAAACGGUGCAAGCACUUCUCGAAGACAUUCUCUCUCGCUUGAACUCUUGGGACCUGCGUCACCUUGAUCAACCGGACAGUGUCUGUCGUGAAUACGCGUUCGGUAUAUUAACAGAAUUAUCGCGAGUGCUUCAGCUACCGGACCCUCCCAAAUAUAUGCUGUAUCUUCAUCUUGGUGGGGUCAAUUGUGCACUAUACACCCUGGUUCACAAUGACCUUCAGUUACGAGAUGCUGCGCUGGACUACUGUGUCAGUGUUUUGGAAGCCGUGCGGUCCAGAACAUCCAUCGAUUCAUCGUGGACAUAUCGUACUCUCAUUCUCGGUUGCUUGUGGCCUGGCUUGUUGCGUUUGUUACGUCGGCCUAAGACCACCGAAUCACAACGUCUACAUCUGUUGCGUCUUCUGACCGCCACAGUACAUCAUCUCAGAGAUACACCUCGCUUCCAGCCACUCGCACUAUUGUCGGAUCCUGAAACCCCUUCGAAUGAUUUUUACAAUAACCUACAAAGCAGUGCGCUAACAAGACAAACCCACGCCAUUCGUAGGUUAUCCCUAUUCCUACACAACCCAUUGACUAUCGUUUCAAAACGUCGGAUUGCCUCGAUCAGACAAACUCUGCAGCUUACCGAAUCAGCCUUUGUCAUUCCUGAGCGGGAUUUGCGCGAUCCAAUACUUCCUAUACUCCAGUGUUAUCUAAAUCCGCAAGUGCAGUCGUCUUCUGAUGAUAUAGUUUUAUCACCGGAUCAAAAACAUCUAUUAGAAAACAGUCUCUCAGCGAUGGGCGCAUUAGCUACUCGGUUAUCCUGGGAUGCAUAUCACAAGCUUCUCACUUUCUACUUGAGCAGACUCAAAUCGGCUGGAGAUUCAACGUUUGCUGCGCGUCUUAUAAUUACGUUAAUUGAUUCAUUCCGACCUCCUAAAUGGACUGCGACCACAGAUAGCAACGAUCUAGACACACGUGGAUCUGCUCCAGUCUCGGAACUGCAUGGUCCAGGAGACUCUAUCGAUUCCGUAUCGAUCAUGAAUUACAUGUUGUCUUUGGUCAAAACCCUGCAACCGUACAUCACAAAACCUUCCAAGGAUCUCUCCGGAAACGGGGGACACUCAAAGUCUUCAAAAAUUUUCCGCAUUUCUCUGGCCUCUUCUCUCGUCUCUUUGCUUCGUCGUUUGCCUCCGGGAUGCUUAGAAUCCCAGCUGCCUCACAUUGUGCUACGUGUAGUCGACGUGCUGCGCCCAUCACCAACCAUCCUUCCAAAAACGAGGACAGAGGCAGUGGAGUCCUUGACGCGAAUCGGUCGGAUGCUUGGUCCCGGGAAAAAUUUAGACACUCUUUUGACAGUGGUUGGCCAACAGUUGAAUCGCGGUUAUGCGGCGCAACAAAUUCGUCUCUUUACGCUGCACCGUAUUCUUGCUCACGUUGAAUUAGCUAUUAUUAAUGGUGAGGUCCCUAUGAAACCUGGACAUAUGGAUACAGCAGGCCGUAUUGUAAGCGCCUUUUACCUUGACGAACUCGUUGGAUCUCUUGCAGAGGAAAUGGAUUCCCGACGUGCUGCUGGGCAGCCCUUGUCGUCCAUGCAUCCGGGACACUCACAGUCAGAUGCAGGAACUGUAAAUUCUUCCCAUUUAGGAGGUUCGACGAUCGUAGACCUUCCAGAAGCCAGCGGCCUCAAAGCUCCAAGUGGCCUGGCACGAAUAUGCCGACUGCUCUCUCUAAAUGGCAUACUACGUCUGUUUGCUGAUAUUCAAUCAGCCUUGAGUUCUGCUGCUACUGGGACAUCUCUGUUGGAAAAGUCAAAAAAUACGACUGUAGCAAGUACGCAGGACAGCUCUAGUGUUGGUUGCGGUUUACGUUUUCGGAACCGAGCAAUUGCGAGGCUCGAGGUAGCGUUGGCUAGACUGCCGACGCGGAACGGCAUGUUCAGCACCAAAAAGUUUGGGUGUUUGCGGGCCGAUGAGCUGUUGAAGUUGGCGGAGCAGCUUAUCGCUGGAAGCAUUCACCGUGUCCUUUGUUCUGACGAUUCUGAAAGCCGUGUUGCUAAUAAAAGACAGGUCUGGAUGAAACGAAAAGCUCAUGGUUGGACCCGACCCUGUUCAACACCUUUGGAACCCCGCUGGGAUUAUUUAGGUGUAGAUCCUGAGCCACCUCGGGAGCUGAGUCAAACACGCGUUCAGUCGGAGCUUACUCAAGACCAUCUGCUCACUGCUUGUGGCCUUCAUAUCUUGGUUGGCCUAUUGCGUUAUCGCUGGCUGAAACUUAACGACCUUACGCAUAUGAAACUACUUGGAGCUUGUGUCCCGCUUAUCUUGGAUUGCAUGCGAUCCAAAUAUAUUAGAGUAGCUGGCGCUGCACUGCGCGUUCUUAAUUUGUUGUUCGUUUUGGCAAGCUCCAAAUCCUCUGUCGCACUAAUUCCACAUUUUGAGCAGCAUUUGUGCACCGCUGGAUCACGGCUCUUCGAUUUACUGGCGCUAAAUUCAGGUCUCCUGUCUACGAAGACCGCAGCAGCAGAUGCCCACACUCAGCAGUUUGCUUCCAACUUGUAUCGAGCGUUGUCUUGCCUGGUUCGUCAUCGUAUCGGUUAUCCGCUAUCCCGUUCACAGCUUUUGACGUUGUUGGAUUCUGUUGAUAUUGAACUGACUAGAGACGCUGCUACCGCACCGUCACUAUCGCUCCUUCAAGCGAUUUUACAGCGUCGCCUUCGUGAUCCGGUUUUGCAUAAAGAGGAGUCUGGUUUCCUGACAAUUUCGAACGAUUCUGAGAUGCGAACAGACCUGCUUUCUCCUGACGUUCGUUUAGUGGUCGCGAAACCGCUUGAUAAAGAUCAUAAUCCAAUCACUGGGAGUGGUGGAGGGUCCCGUUUACUUGACCUUGUUGAACGACUGCAACACUUGGCCAUUACAUCCCCUUCUGAUCACAUUCGUGCAGAGGCGCGUUGUUGUUUAGUCACAUUUCUAUUAAACUAUCCACACAAGGCUAAAUUUGUACAGAGUUUCGUUGCGUUUUGCUUGAUACAGUUGGAACACCGUAAGCCUACCGGGCGUUCGUCUGCAGUCAGCCUUUUGACGGGCCUGGUGUCUGAUCUACCUAUUGACCGGUUGACCACCAACCACUUGGAUGAGGCAAUUUUGGUCAGUGUGGGUGCCGCAAUCGAACGAGAGCCAGUUCGUUCGAUUCGUGUCGGUAUGCUUGCUGUGCUACGUUUACUAUUCACCCGUUUACCGGCUCCGUUGGCGGAAUCUUACUUUCGGGACUAUCUGAUCGCAUUCAUUACGGCUCCGGUAACUACCAGGUGCUCCGCACGGUUGCUUGGGUUACAAGUAAUAUCAUCAGUUCUUGAUUGUCAGCCAUGUCUAUCUACAGCUGCUUGCAGAAAUGCUCUGUUCCGUUCCUUAGGCACUUGCACCAUACCGUCGCUCUCUGCCGAAUUGUUCAGCUUAGUUUUAACCGAUUCGGCCGUUCGCGCUUGUUCAGGUCUAAACCCUUUGUUCGAGAGCGGCGAUGCCAUCCCAACCGAGGAAUUGGCUGCUGCUCAGGUAGCUGCCGAAGAUGCAAAAUGGGUAUCAACACUCACUGAACAUUCGGAAGGCGCAAAUGUGGAAUCUCCUGUCCAUCACUACAGCGAUGACGACGACGUUGAUGAUCUAACACAGACUCCCGAGGAAAUUGCUCAAUAUUCGGAAGAGGCUGAUCACAGUGCAAUUUUAUCGGAUAUUGAUGGGUCAAGCGACGAGCGAGAACCAACUCACUUCGAGGAAGCUGACAAAGCCGCUCGGGUGGUGUGUGACGACGUUCUUGGCGGCGAUGACAUUCAAAAUCAAAAAACAUGCAAAUCAGCUGUUGAAAAUCACUAUCUCCUAGUGGCUUGUUCAUUGGAGCACUCACUGCGGCUCUUCCAUCGUCUCAUUUCGGUAGUUACUGACGACACAGACACCGAAGAGCGCCUUGGCCCACUAACUGCCUCGGCCACCUUAACUCCUGUGUGGCGAUCUCUUCUCGGCUUGCCGUUUACUGAUGAAUCCAUUGAAAUGAAGCGGAUCAAAAAAUCAACAUACGCAGACAUUCUGAAGAGGCAAAAACAAUAUGCGACGCUUUUCUCGCAAAAAAUGUCGAAAGUUAUAACCGGUAUUGAUCUGGGACAGACGAGUUUGCUAUGCUCUGGCUCCCGUGGUGUUCGAGCGUGGGCGACACGCUGUCUUUUUCCUUUGCUGAAGUUGGAAGUGGUCGCCAACCAAACUGGUCUAUCAAAUGAGCACUACUCCGUCUCUGAAGCUGUCGGAGUGAAAACCAAAUCCGCUCUGCUAACUGAGCUGAACAGAAAUCGUAGUGUAUAUAUUUCAUUGUUGCAGCGCUUACUACAAGAAUCUCUGUAUCAACUAGAAUUUGAUGCAAAAGAAAUUAUGGCAGAUGAGUGGUCCGAUGCACUCAUCGCCAAUCUAAUUCAAUUGGCACAACUACUGCACUUGGCAUCCGGUCGUAAAUCCGUGCUACGUCUAUUUCGUCGGGCUAAUCGCAUUGCUCUUGAUGAACUUAAUCAUCGGGCCCAUUGCUACUUGCAGCGGACUUUAACUCUCAAACUGAUCACGGGUUUGUUACUUCACUUGCCACAUCCGCCUGUAACUGAGCUGUCUGAAAUGGUAAGUGUGACACGCGUCAAGCGCGUGAUCAGUUCGGAUCAAGAGGAUUCAGAGAGGAAAACUAGUACGCCAGCUUACUUGGCAUAUCUCCGAAUCGCCUCACGUCAUCUAUCCCGCGAGAUCCGUCAACGCGAACGACUGCUAUUUUUAUCUGCUGCUAACCUGCCACUUGCGCAAGGAUCUGAGGAUGGACCGCCAGCGGCUCGCACUAGGCUUGCUGGCAUCAAAUUGACCAAGGAGCAAUCAGCGCGGGCCAGGACACGACGGAAAAGAACUCAGGCCCGCCUUCGUCGUGCUCUCAUGUCGGGUAACAUGCGACCAGAAAACGCACAGCACCUUAUUGGUUCGACUAUCGCAGCCCGUUUGCACUGCGGACCAGACCGCUUACUGGUGACGUUAGAAGCUACGGAACAGGCCCUAGCAAAGCACCUCAGUGUUGAGGGUCGGAAUUUAGUGCAGCUUAUGUGCAGUCAGUCAAGCGUUGUUACCAAAACUCGCCAACAAGCACAUCGAACAAAGAAAGCCACAAGAGCCGCGCUAGGAGUUGCGUGGGUGCCACCAUCUCCUACGUCUACAUCGCCUGCACUUACUCGGUCGAAGCGACCCAGUUCGAGCGCUCGGAGCGUGGAAUCGGGUGUGGAACUUUCCCGAAAACGUCAGCGGAGGGAGUGACAUCACAAUUUGUACAUCUUGAAUAAACAAAUUUUCCAUGCUUAUUUGUUCCCAUUUCUUUCUCGUCAUUUUUUGCUUAAGCCCCUGUAGCCGUAGUAAGCUUCACUACUCCAACAAUCAAAUGCGAUGCAUGUUCCACCCUACUCAUCGCUUGAGAAGUCGGUGGAAAUGUUUUCCGAAGCACAUGCUGCUGCAGCUUUCCCCGUUUCACUGUAAGUACGGGGGUGCCGCACGAAUCGGGUUGGCUUGUGUAGCUUCUAAAAGGCAUGCAUCGAAGGUAGACUUUAUGCUACUGUCGUGUCUUCACGGCUUUUCUCAUAAAUUAAGGAUUGUGUCGGUUUG